CUUUAACCUUAAGCUUCUACUUCCCCUGGAUGAACUGGCAAUAAAUUUACGUGUGCCCCCCUAGUACUAUCCGACGUAGAAGUUCCCAUAGUUUUGACUCAUGCUUUGAUCAGGCGUACUGUCUUGUUGAAGUGUAUGGAGCUCCACUUCUACCUCAGCAGCCAGUUUACAAAGUCCAUUGGUCGAUGUGGUCCUCACGCUGAAGUGCAGCACGACUACCACCUUGAAGCUAUGGCUAUGACAGCUUCGAAGAUGAAGAAAGAGCUGCGGGGAUUUUCGAAGGUGGUCAUGGUCAAGCUCCUUCUGAUUGCGCAUAACCUCUUUCUCCACGAGCACGAUAUCGAGCUUAUUGGUUUCCGCUACACGACCCUGCUUGGUCCCUGUGUAGUUAAUGCACUGAAACUGACCGGGCAGCAUCAAGAACACGGUAGCAACUUGCAGCAAUGGAAGGAGCGCAGAGGACGCAGCCACAGUCUCCUGGAGGAGAAAAGAAAGAGUAACAAGGGACGGAACGAUCCGCAUCCAACUGCGACAACUUCUACAACGAGUCCUCCCGCCCCUGCACGGCCACUUUUGGGCGGAACAACUACAGACAGAAAUCUUCAACGCCCUGCAGCAGCGCGACAUACAAAGCAUGAGGCGCACCGGAAGGUGGGUGAGCCCGUCGUUUUUGUCGUUGCGCCGGAUGACGGACACCUGGUCAAGGAACUCUCCACCGAAGCAGACUUAGCCCACACUCAGGAUCUUGCAGAAAUGAGCAGGCGGGGGCCGUUGAGACCACCGGCAGGUAGUGCUGGAGCAACAUCAGCUUCCACUCCGUCAGAAAAUGGUGAAGUGGAUGCUCAAAAUGUCGGAGUUUCCUCAGCAUCACCGUCUCCCACUGCUGGUGCAGAGGAAGUUGUGCUCAACCAGAAUGCAGCAGCGUCGAACAACAGUGCAGUUGAGAACAACAAACCCGCCAGUAGAAUAGCAGCAGCUUUUUUGGAACGUAGUAGACAUGAAGAAACAGACAGAGCAUGGAGGACCACCACCAGCACGACGGUGGAGAGAAACAAGCAAGAAGAAGCGUCAGCAUCAUCCUCAUCCACCCGGUUGAACCUCGAGCCUCCCGGUGUGGACAUGGCGAUCCGCGACGACCCACCAAAAAUCUGGCAAGACACGCUGAAACUCCACAAUCUCUACCGCUGCAUGCACGACGUGCCUCCUUUGGUGUGGAGCGACGCACUAUCAAAUGUAAAAAUGUCUGGGUCUGGAAGAUUCUGAGAUUUGUCAUGCAGUUUUUCCAAGCUCCGCCAAGUCUCGAAUGCAGGGCCUAGCACCACAGGUUCUGCAGCCCCUUGGUGAUGCCUAUUCUGCAUUUGAAAUGUCCCCUCGGCAUUAGGGGUUCAAGUAGAAGAUCACUAGGGUUUACUCAUCGGGGAGAUAACCUCGUACAAAAUCGGCACCCUUUUUUUUACUUUCUUUUACCACUUUCCUAGCGCUAUAAGCUCCUGCCGGGGUCUGGUCGAGAAGGCAGACCGAGAUCAGCGGAUCCGUUUCUUUUUGUUCCUCCAGUGUGGAGCGGCAGCACCAUCGUGGUGCUUUUUUUCCCCGCGACGCGAUCACUGGAUCCUAGUAGCGCUAGACCCCUUUUCGCAGGCGCUCCUAAAGUGAGCCUUUUGCCGGUGCUGGCGCACUAAAAAAGAACCUCGAGACGGGGAAAAGCAGAAGCACGAAAGAGAAGACGGAGGCGGGGCACAGAAGAAAAGGGGAGUGGGGCAUUAGGGAAAAAGAAGAGAAAAAAAGACGAGCGGGGGGGAAGGACUAAAGAACAAAAAAAAGAGCUGCAACUGUCUGGGAGUUUGCAUGUCGAAGUCGUUCGGACUAGGUUUAUUACCAAAGUGGCGCCAGGGUUGCUAAUUUAAAGACUGCGCUAAGGCAGCACCCCCCUUCCCCAAGGGGUCCCCCCGGGGCGGGCGCGGUGGCGGCUCUGCAAGCGCGGAGCUCCGCGGGCCGAUUCUCUGAAAACGCACACAAAAGGGUGCUGGAAGCAGAUCGGUAAGAAGUGUCUCAAAGGGACACGCCGUUGGGUCGUCCGCCAUCGUGAUAGGAUCACCGUGUCUGAUCAUUAGACCCCCUGUAUAUUUUUUAGCGCGCAACCGGUCACAGAGGUAAGUCCUUGAGCAAGUUUGUAAGACUAACCCAUCAAGGCAAUGCUGGAGCUCCACCUUGCUCGUGGGCUUGGAUGGUAAGGCAGGUCAGCCACACAUAGCGCCCACUGGUUGUAGCCAUGCGUAAGCAAUCGAUAGCGGUUUUGCAGGUGCAGCCGGGUGGUAGUUAGGAAGUGGGCAGCGUCUCCACCUAGGGGCAUCGGCAGAGGCUAAAUCUGUUCUAACGCCCAGGUAUUGGCAGAGGCUAAAUCUGUUCUAACGCCCACCCGCCAGGAGUUAAAUGGUACUACUACUACUACUACUAUGGCAUGGCUAGACAUGGGGACCUUUUGCAAGUCAUGCAACACAGAUUUUUGUAUGAUUCGCAACACGCAUCACAAGUUCGCAUCCACCUUCCAGACCCAGACAUUUUUACAUUUGAUACGCACUCGCCCGGUCCGCCGAGAACUACGCCCAGAGCGAGAACUGCCAGACGCUAUGAAUUGCAAAAGUAUCGUACUAGUCUGAAUUGCAAUACAAAUUUUCUCAGCAUGAGAAAUAAAAUUUGUAUUUGCGGAUUUAACUUGAGAAAGAAAUUUGUAAUGCAUGAAUGGGAUUACUACGAGUGCGAUACUUUUGCACAGGAUAGACGCAGGACUUGUGCAAUUCGGAGCACAGCAACAAGGACGUCUACCGGACGAAAACCCCAAACUUCCCCAUCGAGGAAGACCCGCCACGGGUGUGGACCGCAUUUCUCGGGGAGAACCUAGCUUGGGACACCUAUCAAGUGUAAAAGUGUCUGGGUCUGGAAGAAUGCAACUUGUCAUGCUAAAUCUAAAACAUGCAAAAAUCUGUGUUGCGUGAUUACCAAAAGUCGUUCAGUUUUGACCUAGUCGGCAGGGAGUUUCUCAUGCAGGAUAGGCAUGAGAGAGCUCGCGCAGCAUCUGUCAUGCUAGGUCCUGCCAAACAGAUGUCAUGGGUCAUGGAAAAGCUGCAUGACAAAUCGCGCAUUCUUUCAGACUCAGACACUUUUACACUUGAUAACACCUCCUACGACACCAGUGCCGAGCCGCUGAACCUCGCCCAGGCGACGGCCGCCUGGUACGAGACCGAGGUCUGCGCCACUGUGGACACUAUCCCAGAGAAAAAAGCUGGCAGGUCAUAUUUGUAAUGCAAAAAUAAAUACACAAAAAAACCUUUGCAUAUCCGAAGCAGCAUGCUAUGGGGCCGCCCAUGACAAUUUUUUCUGUGUGCUUAUUUUUGCAUUACAAAUAUGCGCUGCCAGCUUUUUUCUCUGGGAUAGGCACGCAGAACUGCGCGGGGGGCGUGGUGGACCGCGACUGCGCGCGGAGUCUGUGGGUGCCGGACCUGUGGACGGAGUUUGUGGAAAAGUUCGGGAACGAACUCCUAGAGCAGGGCCAGCACGCCGCAUUUCCGCGGGACGACUAUCCCUUCAACGGGGAAGCCACGGCGGACUGGGUGCGGCGGACCAACGUGCACCCCGACCGUUUUUUUGUCCCCGGCAUCCCCUCCUGCCCGGUGGGCAAGUGGACGCAGCGGGAGGACAUCAAAGGUUUCGGGGGGCCGCAGACGUCCCGGACCCCGUACGGGCAGGUUGGUCACUUUACACAGAUGGUGUGGAACUCCACGUCCCACGUGGGGUGCGCGUACGCCGCCGUGCGCCAGAACGUGGUGUGCCACUACGCCGUAUUAAGUGCAAAUAUGUCUGGGUCUGGAAACUUGUGAUGCAUGUCAGUGAACAGGAAGCACACUGUAAUGCACGGCCAAGCAUGACAGAUUUUCUCGUGGCUAUCUGUUGCGUAUCCCGCAUGAGAAACAUCGUUUUUUCACGACAGACAAGAGGAGGUCUUCGUGGCCACGCAAUACAGAGUUCAGAGUCAUGCCAAACUAGCAUGAGAAGUAUCGCAAUCUUCCAGACCCAGACAUAUUUGCAAUGCAUACGCUGCGGCCGGCAACAUUGUCGAGGCGGACGCGAAGGGGAACAUCGUCUUCAAGCCGGACAUAUGAAGUGCAAAUAUGUCUGGGUCUGGAAGAGUACAAACUUGUCAUGCAGAAUUUUCAUGCCCCAUAAGGUCUUAAAUGCAGGACCUAGCAUGACAGAUUCUGCGGGGUCUCUAUCUUGCCUGUCCUGCAUAAGAAACUCCCUCUCACGGUGGUCAGAAAAGGGCAACUUUUGGCGAUCACGCAAGACAGAUUUUUGUGUGAUCCACAGGACACAUCACAAGUUUCAUCCUUCCAGACCCAUACAUAAGUAUUUGCAAUGCAUAGGACAAGGUGUUUCCAAUCAAGAAAACCUCGACGGAAUGCGAAAACAGCCUCGGCGUCUACUGGCCGCAGCAGGGCCGCGGAGCGGGAGAGCAACUGCUGGGCGCGGGAAGUGCCCGAGUAAACCCGACGCCGGGCAUGUACACGCCGCCGCCGCAGAACCAGAACGCGCAGCCGGUUCGUCUCGGGGGCGCUGCGGAGGGCGGGAGCAGCUCCAACGGAGAUGGCGAGACGCUGCGAGCCCCCGGACAAGAACUCGUGAAGAGUUCGUCUGAAGGCGCCAGCGACGCCCCGCCGGACGCGUCCUGUUGCUGAGCUGCUGCUGCUGCUGCCAACUGCAGGAGCAGCAGGAGCUGCGGUAGCUCGUGCGCAGUUUGUACUUGUAAAGCAAAAAUGUAUUCAAAUCAAUUUCAACGUGAGUAGAAAUAGAAAACGACUACUGUCGUUCGUUGCCUCGAGUUGUUAUUCCUUCAAUCCAGUAUACCCAAUUUCUAUUGUUCCCCGGAUUUAUUUGUUUUAGUCGAUUUACAACCCGUCGUGGUAACUAUGCUAAAACGUCUUCCUCAUAAUGCCCGUUUCAAAAAGAAGAAUUGCCCAUCUUCACCCACAAGCGAACUAACCUCGCAAGUUUUUCCCCUUCACGAUAACGCCACUUCUUCUAUGGAUGCGCAGUAAGCAUAUUAAAUCCGCGAAAACUCGAAUUUUGUUGGGGCGGCGAAGUCGAAGAUGUGCUUUUUCGACCUCUAAGUAUGCCAAAGUGAUUUUGUCGAAAUCCCACUGACAAAUGGUUUUUAUAUUCAUGUGGAAGACGAAACACGAAACACGAAAGCCUGGAGAAGAAGACGAGGGUCGAAGACACAGUCUCGACAUUUUACUACACAGCAACGACGUAGCGACGUUGUAUAAAUAAGUAAAAGAUAGACAGAAAUAGUACGUGAGCAGAUAAAUCAGGAAAAAGAAAACUCGAGUUGUUGUUGGGAUGAACCCAAAUAAGCAGAAUUAAAGGCGAAGCACCU